AUGUCCAAGUCUUAUACAUGUAACUUAGGGGCCGGAGACAUCAGAACAACUGUCAUAACCCAUGAGUCAGCGCUGGAAGAAGGCCUUAAGUUUCUAUUAUCUACUUUUAAUGUAGAGGAAUCAGAAAAAAACAAUGUAGGUCAAAACUUUGAGAGAGUUGUGGGUUUAGAUAUAGAGAAGUCAUUCAGUUCAACUAGUGAUGCGUUAGUCAGUGACAAAGUUGCAUUGUUGAAACUAUGUGCAGAAAAUGAUUGCCUCCUUGUCCACCUUACACACUUCAAGAAAAUACCCACUUCCCUUGCCAAGUUUCUUAACCUUUCAGAUGUAACAUUCGUUGGAAUGAGCAUCAAACACAACCUCAGUGAUCUUCAAAGGGAUUAUGGGGUUCAAUGUAGGAAUGUGGUUGAGUUGGGUCCUUUUGCAGCUGCUGUUCAAAAGAAGCCUAUUUUAAGUGCUUAUAGUUUGCCAGAUUUGUUCAAGUUUGUUUUUAAAUUUCCAAAAUGGGAAAAGACUUUUGGUAAAUCUACAAAUGUUGCUUUAAGUGAUUGGGGUACCAGUACAUUAAGUUUGGAACAAAUCUGGCAUGCUAGUAUAGAAGUCCAUGCAACCAUCAUGAUUGUGAAAGAACUAAUCCGAUACCACAGCUGA